CAAAAAUCCUAAUUUAGAUCUUCAUCCAAAUUUUUCAGAUGCUAAAUCUCUUCAUAAUGAGCUACUCCACACUUUGAGAGGCUCAAAAUCCAGCUGUGGCUCACACAUAGGCUGCCGGGGUGCAGAAGAUGAGGACUGGAGAUCCAGAAACAUAACAUUUCCAUAAUUCUAUAGGAUAAAAAGGGAGCUGUAAUGUCAUUAUGAUCAGAAAGAUGUUUUGUUCUCUCGCAGGAUGGAGAAGUUCAGGAAGAUCUUUGUCAGCGUCCUCCUGUUUGUCAUGUCUGUGGAAAUCUGCUCGGGUCAACACUGGUCUUACGGCCUGCAGCCAGGAGGAAAAAGGAACGCCGAGAACCCGGUAGAAUCAUUUCAAGAGAUUGCAAACGAAAUGGAGAAGUCAGGGGAAGCGCAGAGGACUGAAUGCCCAGGCUCGGAGCAGCACUCCAGGCUCGGUGAGCUGAUGGAAGCCAUGGAAAGUCUGAUGGAAGGAGAAGCUAGACGCAAGAAGAUUUAA